UAAAAAGUGUAUGUUCUUCUUCCCGUCUCCCGUCUUCCCGUCUUUCACUCAGUUUCAAGUCAAGCUUAAAAUUACUAAAAUGAGUGGUGAUUCUUUGAAUAUGUUCUAUUUCUUAUAAUUUGUACUUGUGCUGCAGAGAAGCGUAUCAAGCAUUAACGAAACAUUUGGCAGCAUUUCAAUAUCUUGUUGCGUAUUUGCUGAAUAAAUUUAAGUGAAAUGGGUAAUGUCCAUGCUUAUUCCACAACUCCGCCUCCGCCGCCACCGACAGGGUUGGAUAUACCUAAAGGAAAAGAGUGCCCACCGACAACGUCACCGGUAACUCAAGAAGUAAUUGAAAAUCCUGGGCCCCUUGAAGACAUUCACACGAAAUGUAAAAACGUUUUUCCAACUUGCUUCGAAGGAGCAAGGGUAAUGGUUACUAGGGGACUUAGUAAUCAUUUUCAAAUAUCACAUACCAUUAACAUGAGUUCAAUAACUCCCAGUGGAUAUAGGUUUGGUGCUACAUAUGUAGGUACAAAACAACUGUCACCUAGUGAAGCGUAUCCAAUACUACUAGGUGAUAUUGAUCCCUCGGGAAAUUUAAAUGCGACAAUUAUACAUCAGAUACAACCUAAAAUUCAAGCCAAAUUUGGAGCCCAGGUUCAAAACUCUAAAUUCCAAGUUGGGCAACUUACCCUUAACUAUAAAGGAAGUGACUAUACAGCUAGUUGUACUGUUGCUAAUCCUGACAUUAUCAAUGGGUCUGGGGUAGUUGUUCUUCACUACCUACAGGCAGUUACAUCCCGUUUAGCCUUAGGAUCAGAGUUAGCCUACCAGAAGGGGCCAGGAAUUCCAGGGGGAGAAAUUGCUCUGCUUAGUGCAGCAGGAAAGUACACAACUGAAAAUGUUCAAAUAUCUGGAACUGUUGGUGUAUCGGGGGUUCAUUUAUGUUAUUACCAGAGAGCUAGCAAACAGUUACAGAUUGGUGUUGAACUGGAAGCUAAUCACCGAAUGCAAGAAUCUGUUGCAUCAAUUGGCUAUCAAGUUGAGUUACCUAAAAGUGAAGUAGUAUUUAAAGGUCAUGUGGAUUCAAAUUGGUCUGUUGGAGCAGUUUUAGAAAAGAAAUUGAGUCCACUACCUUUUACAUUAGCACUCAGUGGACUUAUGAACCACAACAAAAAUCAGUUUAGGCUUGGUGUCGGAAUACUUAUCGGUUAGAGACGUUAACGUAAAUCAUGAAUUAGUCUGAAAUUCAUUGUUGGACUUAUGAACCAAUUAAAGUUAUUAUGAAACAAUU